GGGAAGGCCGCGACCAUAGAGUCCACGGGGCAGAAUCUUCCCCCGCACAAUUCAGGGGUUUCGAACUCCAUGGAUAUAAAAGGCACGGGACGCCAUGAUCGUCGCCGUCCGACACCCAACUGCAUAUACUUCGCCAUCAUCCCCUCUGAUCUGGCCUCUUCGGAUCCCGAGAACCAAGGUCGCAUAAAAGGAUGCUGAACUCGACUGUGGAGCUGAUCGCCCUCUGGGCGUCGUCCAGCCCGUCGCUACUGGCCUUCUGCUUUUCCCACCUCAUCAUCGCCGUCCUCUUCCUCGGCGGCCGCGGCGGCUGCGCGUCAGAACUGGAUACUGACGGUGACAGCCGUGGAGAGUGGACUUCGGAAGGUGCCCAGGCUGAACCCCUGCGUGGUGUCCAGGUACACGGAGGGGGAAAGAGCAAUGGAGGACAGGAGGGUCCAGCCGCCGCCACGAACAUCAUCGCCGGAGAGGGUGAGGUUGACGCGGCUGCUGUCCAGUUGGAGGCUAGCGGAAAGGACAGUGGAGGUGACGGAGAGUCCGUUGCCGCUGACGCCUCGUCGCAAGAAAAAGGCGGUGGCGAUGCAGAGGAGGAUGAGCUGAUGGCCCGCGCCGAGGAGUUCAUCCAGAGGAUGAACCGAGCCUGGAGGACGGAGAACGUGCGCCUAUGCUGACGCGCCGUUGCUGCUGCUGUCUUGGCGCCUCCAGGGUGUUGCAAGUGCUCUGCCUGCGCGUCCAGAUUCAGGACAGGGAGGAAAGUCAGGGGAAAUCAUCAAAUUUUUUACUUCACUGCUGUCUGCUGACGAAUCUUGAUCGACUCAUUUCGGGAACCUUUCUGCUGAUGAAGAUGGAGAUUGAAAUUUGGGUCGUGUAGUAAACAAGUAGUGGCAGGUUUUGCUGUUGUACGCCAUGGCCGGAUUACGCCCACGAAUGCACUGCUUCGACGUGCGUGAUU